AUGGGUGUCGUCAACUCCUGCCCCAUACCAUCCUCCUCCAUUCCACCAGUCCCUCCGACGCUGACAAUUCGCAACUUGACUGUCACACCGCUCCACCUAAUCGAAGUCGAACACCUCACUCGCCAUCACCAUCUCAUCCCUAAAUCCGACGCCCUAACCCGCAUCCCGUCGCGUAUAAGCCGGCACUCAACCGACAGCCGCCGUCGAGUAUCCCACGAUGCCCAACACAUGCACUACCGCGAAGCCGAUGGCUCAGUAGCUGCCACACCCUUCCUCCCUGACCACGACCACGACGCGAGGGCGGCUCAUCCCCUUGAUGUGGCGCUGCCCCCGUUCGGAGAAGCCCUCAUCCCUAUUCCUCCGCCAGCUUUGCAUGGCAGGCAUACACACCUCCGAAUGACGUUCCUCGAUCCGACGACUGGGAAGAGAUAUCAAGGCAUCAUCCCCGGCUCAGCGCAUAGGACAAUCGUCCUUCAACCUGCCCGCGCCCCAGAAGAUGAGCCUCAACCCCAGGGGGAGGAUGCUCACGAGUUUACGGCGAUAUACCUCCCCACACGUGGUUUCCUCGCCCUGUUCUCUAGCGCAAACCUCCCGUCCUGGAUGGGCACCCUCCCCGACCAUCUCCCGCUCUCAGCCCUAUCCAUCCCGGGGACACACAACUCCCCCACCUACCACGUCGCCCUGCCGAGUGUGCGCUGCCAGGCUGUUAGCAUCGAAUCUCAGUUGGUCAAUGGCGUGCGCUUUCUAGACGUGCGGGUCUCCUGUCCUAUCUUUUCCCCUCCCCCCGAAGGAUCUUCCGCUUCAGCGCAAGCGGCAGUGCCAGUACCCGAGUUAGCCCUAGUCCACGCCUUUUUCCCCGUGUCUUUAAUCCCCAACCCCCAAAAACACACUUUGCGUCACCUUCUGUCUAUCACGUACCACUUCCUUGAUCAGCACCCGACCGAAACCAUCCUCCUCUCUCUGAAAAGAGAAGGAACCGGCCUCGGCACGGACGCCGACCUCGCCCAGAUCCUCGUAACCUACUACAUCCCGCCUAACCGAUCCAAAUGGUACAUCUCCCCGCACAUUCCCACGCUAGGCGAAGCAAGGGGGAAGAUUGUUCUCGUGAGGAGGUUUAACUUACCACCCCCCUCAUCGCCCUGCCCCGCCUUGCUCGAAGAAGGGGGUGAACGCGGCUUAGGCAUUGACGCCUCCGUCUGGCCGGAUAACGUGCCCGACGGGAUGUGCGGGAGCGGGUUGGUGAGAAUCCAGGAUUGGUAUGGGGUUUGGAACACAUCAGAUAUACGGAAGAAGAUACAGUAUGCGCAGGAGGGGUUGGAGAGGGCCGCAGAGAGGGUGUUUGACAUGGAGCCCUUUUUGCCGCCAAAUCUUCCAUUGUUUGAUGGACAAGCCGAAAGCAGAUUGGCAAAUGGGGAUCCUGCUGUGCAACAGCGGCAACGGCCGGCUGCGCCGCCGUUUUACAUCAACUUUUUGAGUGCUAGUACGCUCUUCAACAUCAAUUGCUGGCCGGACAGGAUCGCUGUCAAGAUCAAUCCGUCUAUGAUUGAGUAUCUGUGUAUGGCUCACGGAGCACCAGGCAAAGGGCCUGGGGGAUUAUCUGUCGGCGAUGCGGCGACGGGCAUUGUUGUUACGGACUGGGUGGGGUAUCGCGGCGAUUGGGACUUGAUACGGUGCAUUGUGGGAUGGAACGCCAGGUUUGGAUUACAGAAAUAA